AUGGAGCUGAACCAGACAUCCCCACCUCCCACACUGCCUGUGCCAGAGACCGGUGGAAAAGACCUGUGCACCAUAGAUGUCACUGAUAUGGCCAUAGAUGGCGUCACGCUGCUCAUCUGCCUCUGCGGGCUGGUGGGGAAUGGGGCCGUCCUCUGGCUCCUUGGCUUCCGCAUCCGCAGGAACCCCAUCACCGUCUACGUCCUCAACCUGGCUGUUGCCGACUUCACCUUCCUCCUCUUCAUGGUCACCUCGACCCUCCUCUACAUGGUGGAGAAUGCCUUUUGCUCAUCUGUGUCCUUGGUGUACCUGAGGUCUCUUUUACUGCUCUCGCUGUUCUCCUACAACAUGGGCCUGUACCUCCUGAUGGCCAUCAGCAUCGAGAGGUGCAUAUCCGUCCUCUGCCCACUUUGGUACCGUUGCCACCGCCCCCAGCACUUGUCAGCUGUGAUGUGUGCCCUGCUCUGGGCCCUUUCCAUCGCUGUCACUGCGGCAGUGACUUCUCUGUGCCUGUUGUCCAAGCGCGAGCACUGCAGUACGGCUCUCAUCUCCAUGUACCUCCUCAACUUCCUCAUCUUUGCCCCUCCCAUGGUAAUUUCCAAUGUGAUCCUGUUCGUUAAGGUCCUGUGUGGCUCCAGGCGACGUCAACCCAAGAAGCUCUACAUCGUUAUUUUCCUCACUGUCUUCUUCUUUCUCGUCUUUGGGGUUCCCCUUAGCAUCCAUAAUUUCCUGCAGCAGUUCAACUACUCCAUCAUGUUAUCCCAGGUCUUUUUCCUGCUCGCCUGCGUCAACAGCAGCAUCAACCCCUUCAUCUACUUCUUGGUGGGGGGUUGCCAGCGGCACUGCUCCUUGGUGUCCCUCCAGGUGGCCUUCCGCAGGGUCUUUGAAGAGACGGGAGCCACCACCAUCUCCAGCUAA